AUGAGGAGGAACUUGAUGAGAGAUGUGCGACAGAGUAUCACCAGGAUGCCUUAUACCGAGAUGCACCUGCGGAACGUCAGCGUGCAGUUCGAGGAUCCCGAGUCACGCUUGGGCUAUGGAUGCUUCCUCCUUGGCAUGAAGUUAGACUCCCUGAAGCUGGACUGGCACCAGGGCCGCCAUUGCCACGCUCAGCUGGCACGCUGGUCUCUGUAUGCAGAGCCCUUUGCGGCAGCAGACAGCAGUGGAGUUCUCCUGCGAUCGAAGCCUAGAAAAGUGGCUCAGGAUAUGGUGAAGCUGAACAGCGCUGAGCGGCUUCGUUCCUGGGCUUUCGCCAGCAUGGAGGACCAUCGUCGAAAUCCUCUGAAGCAGCUCCGGCGAAUAGAGCGCUUUGCGGACAGGCACAACAUCCUGACGGUGCAGCAUGUGACCAUUCGAGGAGGCCCCAAGGAGGUCCCGAAAGAGCGGACCGGAGGACUCUUGUCACGCAUGGCGGCGCGGUUCGGGGCCUUUGGGAAGGACGGGGUGAAGUCAACGACAUCAAAAGACAUCGAGAGCCAGAUCGCCUCGAACCCCCAGCUGGACUGGGACUGGAAGGCGCACGUCCGGCCCAUUCGGAUCACUGUGGACGACAUGCAGUUUCGAUGCUUGAAGAAUCUUCAGCGCUGCAUCGGCGACUG